GAAUCAUAAGAUCAGAAGAAGGUCAUCACUUCUACUUCGGUUCUUCUUUUGAAUUUCGCACCAAUUGGGAGCAUCCAUGGCCGUCGUCCUCAACCGACUCCACUCUCCUCCCUCUCCCACCUUCCUUCUUGGGCAUUCUCCGUCAUCUCAAUCGCCAAGCUUCACCUCCUAUGGCUACGCUUUUCCUCACAUUCCUCGCCUCAUCCGUACAGAUCUUCGUGCUGUCCGUUUCCAACCUUCGCCGAUUUCUUGCUCUAGACGAACUGAACACCAAGACGAUUUGUCUACCUCAGCUUCAGAUAUUAGCGAUGUUGAUAUCUCUCGAACUACACCUUCAAUUAUUUGUUCAGAGAAAACUAAGCAAGAUGAAAGAUUUGUCUCUUCAGUUAGAAAUGUGGCCUUGUGGGUAAGCGCCGCGGUAGCAUUUGGCAUUGGUUUAGGGUUCAAGGAAGGAGGAGAAAAGGCAACAGAGUUUUUUACUGGGUAUAUAUUGGAGCAAAGCUUGUCAGUUGAUAAUCUGUUUGUCUUUGUUUUGAUCUUCAAGUACUUCAAAGUGCCAAGCAUGUAUCAGAAUCAGGUACUUUCUUAUGGCAUUGUUGGUGCAGUGGUCUUUCGUUUGACAAUAAUACUUCUUGGAACAGCAACGCUUCAGAGGUUUGAGUCAGUAAAUCUUCUACUAGCUGGCAUACUACUGUUCUCAUCUUUCAAGCUAUUUGCUACUGAAGAAGAUGACACUGACCUAUCUGAUAACUUUAUAGUCAAGUCAUGCCAGAGAGUUAUCCCUGUGACAGCUAGUUAUAAUGGUAAUCGAUUUUUCACAGCUCAGGAUGGUGUAUGGAAGGCCACACCUUUACUUCUCACAGUAGCAGUAAUUGAGCUCAGUGAUAUUGCAUUUGCAGUUGACUCUAUACCAGCAGUAUUCGGUUGUACACGGGAUCCAUUCAUAGUGUACACUUCUAAUGUCUUUGCUAUCCUAGGUUUAAGGUCGCUCUACACACUAAUAUCUGAGGGUAUGUCAGAUUUGGUGUAUUUACAGCCGUCGAUUGGCGUUGUUCUCAGCUUUAUCGGAUGUAAAAUGAUCCUGGACUUUUUCGGGUUUCAUAUAUCUACCGAGAUCUCGCUUGGUUUUGUGGCUACAAGUCUCAGUGCUGGGGUAGUGUUAAGUCUGUUGAAGAAGACCGAGUAGCUCAAGAUUCAACAACUUCAAGCUUAGGAACAGGUGAACAAUUCAAUCAAGAAUUUGAUUUAUUGAUUUCAAGAGUAAUGUAAGCCUUUUCUCUUAAACAAAAGGUAAGUAAUAAUAAUAAUAAUAAUAAUAAUGUCAAAAUUGUAAAUGAUACAAUAUUUAAUGGUUCCGUUUAUUUAUUUUCGU